UCAGCUUCGGCUCUAGACCGGACUCUCCAGCGGCCUGCCACUUUCCCUCUUGGAGACUCGGACACACGAUGAGCUCCGGAGGAGACCGCUUCAGCCCCAGGCCGCAGGCCUUCGACCCCAACGAUGAGAACCUUUCGGAGGAUUCUUGGUCCGAAGAGGAGAGCACUUUGGAUGAUGACUUGGCCUUUGUCGAAAAGGAAGCCCCAAGCAACAAUAAACGCAGGAAAAUGUUUCCUGUUUACGAUUAUUGUCUGGAUACAGACUACGUGAAGGAAACUUACCUGCUGCCGUGCGUGCCCUGCAACAGCGCGCUCUGCUCCCGGCCCUCCGAAUGCCGGAACGAGGGAAAGCUGUUGCCCGCAGACUACACGCAUUACAUGUUCCCAGACUGGAAGAUUGUCGAAGAUUACUGGGAAAUUUUUGAGUCGCGGUGCCUGAAGGGGAUCGUUUUCACGCAGACGUUGUGGAAGCAUCUCUAUUCUUCGACAUCGCGGACAGCAUUGUACCUGUCACUGUCUGACGUGAUAAGGGAAGCCAACCACGAUUGCAUCUUAUUUGCCAAUGAAUAUCAACAGUAUUGCUACAUCCCACAUAAAGAAUCAGAAGAGAAAUCAGGUGACAUUUCAUGGAGAUACAGACGCAGCCUCGAUAUUAAUGAGUACGACACUAGGUGGAGUACUAGGAAUAUCUACGCUGCAGCUGUAUGGUAUUAUCACCACUGCCAGAAAAAGAUGCCCAUCGUCAUGGUGACGCAUGAACACGCAGUUUUUGAAUACGAGAACAAAGCAGAAGGCGUACUAGUGAUGAACUUCAAGCAUUAUAGCACGAGUCUUAUUGCUGACAUCCGAGAUAGCAAGCAGUUCGACCUGGAUCUACCUCAAGUUAAUAGGCAACUGUUAGACCAGACAUACUCUGUUUGA